AUGGCAACUACCACACCUGCCGCCGAUGCUGGCUCGAAAAAUUGGCUCAAAGAGAGGGCUGCCAUUUCCGCCGCUCAUAGACGACAAAAGACUGACCCUGCAGCUGCUCGUCUUAUCGAGAAAGCAGAUCAAUUACAUAAAGAACGUACGCAACGACAUUUACGAGAAGCAGACGAGAAGAAUGAAACAGGAAGAGUUCCAGUGGAAGAUAUCAUUGAAGAAGAAGCCGAUGGUGACGAUAUUGACGCGAUUGUUAACGUACCUCCUCCGGAUGAAAUAAUUGUUAAAGUCGCACCAAAAGCUACCGUUGAUGUGAGUUCCGGUGAGGAUCGCAACGAGGAAGGUAAAGAUCAAAUAGAACUUCAAAAUAAUGAGGAUAUAUCGGAUUCUGUCGAAACUACGAAUGAAGAUGCAAAGAGUAAAAAACUCGAUCCAUCUUCGUUGCCAGAUGAUGAAACGGCUGUUAAAGAAUAA